AUCCCACCAUGCUACCGCGUGGAGAUCGCUCCUCCAUCCGGAUCGCGGGAAAGACGUGUGGUUGACGUCAACGGAUUCCCAAACCCCUCCAACGAACCUGCUCCCUCAUCCCUCCAUAUACCCUCAAUUCCCUUCCCUCUUCCCUAAAGUCGCCACCAUGGCGCCGAUGUUGUUAAAUAACCUCCUCGCUCGCAACGACGCCGAUUGUCCGAAUACUAUCUCGGGUGGAGGGAUCGCGGGAAUCGUCCUGGGGACUAUUGCAGGCACGUUGUUGAUUCUGUGGCUGUUCAGACUCUGUUCGAUGGGGUCGGGCGGAGAUUCAGAUUAUGGCGAAACAAACCUGGCAACAACGAGGACGAGGCGGCGACGGCGACGAAGCCCGACGUUUUAUUAUGUGGAGAAGCCGAGGGGGGAGGUGAGGACACCGGCGAAGGUUUAUCUGAGUUGAUGGGAUGGGGGUGAAGCUUGUCGCUUGGUUGGAUGUAAUUUAUAAUGAUGAUGUGGUAUGAGUUAUGAGUUAGUUGAUGGAGGGUCAGAUCUCCAUUGAGACGGUUCCAUAAUUAUCCUUUUAUUGAGAAG